GGUCUUUCUCAUCAUGACUCCUCCAGCAAGAUGUCGGGGUUUCCGAAUGGAAUCGACGGAGAACUGCUUCAAUGGCUUCUCAAUAUAUAAGAGCGGCUGUUACGUCGCUUCAUCGUCCAUCAUCAUCGAGUAAGGAGCCGGCAACGGAAACUAUUUCAAGCCCUUUUAUCAAGAGCUCCUCGAAAAGGAAAACCCAUCUUUUCAAUUUUUUCCCACCAAAAAGUUAUCGUUUCUCUUUAUAACAUCAUGGGUCUGAGCAUAGCGGACUCGGUGACCCCAAGGCCCAGUACCUCAUCUGGCACCACGGUGCAAGGCGACUCGGAUCCAAUGUCGCUCAAAUCGGGGGAAACCACCCAGCAAUCUCGCGAUUUUGCCGGCGCUCCAGAAGAAGAGAGGAGUAUCGAAGAUGCGGCGGAUGAUGGAAUGGAAUACCCAGGCCCCCUGGCCACGUUCUUUAUCGUCAUUGCCCUGAUUCUGGCGGUCUUUCUGAUGGCACUGGAUAUGACGAUCGUUGCCACUGCAAUCCCAAAGAUCACCGACCAGUUUAAGUCGCUGGACCAGGUUGGCUGGUACGGCUCUGCAUUCUUCCUCACGAUCGCUUCCUUCCAGUCCACAUGGGGUAAAGGGUACAAAUACUUUCCCCUAAAGUCGGUGUUUAUGCUUUCGAUUUUCGUUUUUGAAUUGGGGUCCUUGGUAUGCGCCGUCGCUAAUAAUAGCACGACCUUGAUCGUUGGACGAGCCAUUGCUGGUGCUGGUGCUUCUGGACUGGCGAGUGGCGCGUACACUAUCAUCGCCUUUGCUGCAACCCCCAGUCGACGGCCUGCAUAUACCGGUAUCCUUGGAGCAACCUACGGCAUUGCUAGUGUCAUUGGCCCUCUCUUGGGAGGUGUUUUUACCGACAAAGUAUCCUGGCGCUGGUGUUUCUAUAUCAACCUUCCUAUUGGUGCUGUCAGUAUUGUGAUUUUGAUUCUGGUCUUCGAGGCACCGACCUCUGCUGCACCGGCUAAAGCGACAUUGCGAGAAAAGCUUCUCCAAAUGGAUCUAGUGGGGACAUCGAUCAUCAUGUGUGCCGUGGUGAGCUUCCUGCUGGCUUUGCAGUGGGGUGGAGUCACGAAGCAAUGGUCCGAUGCUAAGGUGAUUGGCACGCUGGUGGUUUUCGGUAUGCUGGUCAUCCUAUUCGUGAUCAACGAGUGUUGGAUGGACGAAAGAGCUCUCCUUCAGCCAAGAUUGUUGAAGAACCGCGACAUUCUUGUUUCAUUGCUCUACGUCUUCUUCUUUGCGGGACCCUUCUUCGUUUUGGUCUAUUACCUGCCGAUCUAUUUCCAGUCGAUUAAGCACGCUUCCGCAGCCCAGUCCGGGAUCCGCAACCUCCCGUUCAUUUUAGCAACCAGCAUAUGCUCAAUUAUUUCUGGCGGACUGAUCACUGUUUUUGGACAAUACUCUUACCUCAUGAUCGCCGGAUCCGGCAUUGCUACAAUCGGCAGUGGGUUAAUCUACAUGUUCGACAUGGACACGCCAACCGGGAAGUGGAUCGGAUAUCAAAUCUUCGUGGGGAUCGGUGCAGGCCUUGCUAUCCAGAUACCUGUUAUCGUCAAUCAGGCGCUCGUCGCCUCUUCAGAUCUGGCCAGUGUCACUGCGAUCACAAUGUUCUUACAGACGAUGGGCGGUGCCAUUUGGGUGUCGGCCGGACAAGCCGGUUGGGUGAACAAACUCCUCCAGAAACUCCCUCAAGUUGCACCUAACGUAAGACCGGAUUUAGUGGUUGCCACUGGUGCUGCUGAACUUCACAAAGUCUUUGGAUCGGAGGAUCUUAAUGGCGUGUUGAUUGCCUAUAUGGAUGGAUUGAAGGUUGUGUUUAUUAUCUGCGUUACGACCGCUGGUGUGAGCUUCACCAUUUCCUUGUUUGCCAGGCCCAGAAACAUCAAGGGGAAGGCAACAAUGGGAAGUGUGGCCUAA